AUGGAUAAAUCUCAACUUCUUGAUGUCUUGACUACUUUAAAGAUGUUCUUUGAGACGGACGAAACCCAGGCCAGAGGAUUGUUAAUGAAUAAUCCUCAAUUAUCGUACGGGUUAUUUCAAACAUUAAUAGAACAAGAUCUGAUUGAUCAGGACGUGUUACAGCAAGUCGCGAAACCUAAGCCUAAAAUAAUCCCAAUUACUCCUUUGGUACCAGCGUAUAAAAAUCCUUAUGGUCCUAUCAUUGACCCGAACAACAUUUUAACCACACAACAAUACCAUAAUACAAUUUAUGGGGUGAUGCAACAUCAAUCGCCUUCAUUGACUUCACAAAUUGUUCAACAAUCGUCACAAUCAUUCAUUCAUAUGCAACAGCCUAUCUCUAUCCAACAGUUUUAUCCUAGUGUUAUGAUGCCAAACAUAGGAAAUCUUUGCAUUUCUACGACUGUAGCACCUAAUUAUCACGAGAUGCCUACUGGAUUAUGUCCUAUUAAUUUUUACACAAAUAAUACUCACAUGAAAGAGCAGGAUGCGGCUCUCAUACUUCAAAUCCUUAACCUUACACAACAGCAAAUUGAUAUGUUUCCGUUAGAAGAACGUAAUAGAAUUGUAGCAUUGGCAACAAAUAUUACUCAACACUAG